ACAGACACACACACACACACACACACACACACACACACACACACAAACACAAACACAAGACACACACAUACGCACAAAGCUGGCGCGCAGAGCAGCGGCGCCCAUCCUCUCUCCGCGCGACUCCUCAGAGGGAUCAGGAGUAAAACUCUCUCAAGUGUUCCGACAGCUCAACAUUCGCACGCCGACCAUUCACGCCAAAACGCCCAGAUCCGAUGUCCAGAUGCGUUGCCUCCUCAUGUUGGGCCCAGUUCUGCUCUCCCUGACUCUGCCUGUUUCAUGGACCACAGACACCACCACCGCCACCAGCAGUACCUCCUCCUCCACCUCUCCACCCGCGGGCCUCAGCCGCACCCCACACCCAUAACCCCACGCCCUUAACCCUUCACCCUCACCUCUUCUCCCCCUCUCACCUCCCCCACUAUCUCCCCUCUCCUGUCGGCUCUCCGGUUGUUCUCCUCCCCCACUCCACCCUGUCAACACCUCCACCAUGUCGGCCCGCGUUCCCGCUGCGCUGCUGCUCUUGAUGCUCCGGGCGGUCCUGCUCAGCGGGGGGGAGCCCGCCCCCCCGCCCCCGUCCCGCCGGGAGAUCCGCAUGGAGGGGGACCUGGUGCUAGGGGGCCUGUUCCCGGUGCACGAGAAGGGGGCGGGGCUGGAGGAGUGCGGCCGGGUCAACGAGGACCGGGGCAUCCAGCGGCUGGAGGCCAUGCUGUUCGCCAUCGACCGCAUCAACAGCGACCCCAUGCUGCUGCCGGGCGUGUCCCUGGGGGUGCACAUCCUGGACACCUGCUCCAGGGACACCUACGCUCUGGAGCAGGCUCUGGAGUUUGUGCGGGCGUCCCUGACCAAGGUGGACGACACAGAGUUCAUCUGUCCGGACGGCUCCUACGCGCUGCAGGACGACAGCCCCCUGGCCAUCGCCGGGGUCAUCGGGGGCUCGUACAGCAGCGUGUCCAUACAGGUGGCCAACCUCCUGAGACUCUUCCAGAUCCCCCAGAUCAGCUACGCCUCCACCAGCGCCAAGCUCAGCGACAAGUCGCGCUACGACUACUUUGCCCGCACCGUGCCCCCAGACUUCUACCAGGCCAAGGCCAUGGCCGAGAUCCUGCGCACCUUCAACUGGACCUACGUGUCCACCGUGGCGUCGGAGGGCGACUACGGCGAGACGGCUUGUUCUGGUUCUUUAUCUGUCUUUAUCAGUGUGUAUCAGGACACUUAG